CGCUGAUCGAUAGAACAUGUGCGUUGUUGUCCUGCACGUUGGUAGCAGGUUUUGAACCUAGCUAUCAAGUCAUCUCUCUAUCCGUUGUGUACGCACGCAGUGUCGUUGUUGUUCUUCGUCGGAAUUGCGUUAUUCGCGUUGUUGAUGCCGCUUGUAGAAUCUGUUGCAAAGUUUGCUCGAACUGAAGCACGGAGUGCCGAAAAUUGACCGUCGCUUCUGGUUGCGUAGUGAUCUGUGAUCCGUGAAGGACCGACCACGUCAACGUGAGCAGGAUAGUGUGAAGACAUGCUGAGACAGUGAAUGACGUUUGAUGGAUUAAGCGUGAAGACAUAGCUUUGAGUGUUUUAAUUACGAUCAACAGAUACGGGGAAUUGUGUGACUCGAUUAAACUGCUGAUCGGUAACUGGGUGAGAACACAAGGCUGACUGUAAACAGUGCAAGUGUGCAGAGUCGCAGCUGGAGGAACCCAUUUCCGUUCGCGAGUGUCCGUGAAAAGCAGUCAAAAUCGUGCUCCAGUGGCAUAUUCCGGGCGAAAGCCCCUUCGAGUUAAGCAAGAUUAACAGCCUGUCGGAUAUUACCGGCGGAGGCGGUGGAAUGACGGUACCGGUACAGCGUAACUCGAUGGCCGUGCUGCAGCCUCCACGGUCCCGGUUCAUGAUCAACGAUAUCCUGGCCGGAAGUCAGAGCCACCAUCACCACCACCACCACCACAAUCAUCACAACCAGGGCAGCGGCGGAGGUGGUGGAACCGAUAGCAUCAACGGAAGUAGUAGCGAAGGACGAACACCGAGUCCGGGCCCACGGGAUCUAAGCAUUGUACCGGGAGGCGGACACCCGUUCCAUCAGGGUGCGGCCGGGUUAACUCCGGGAGCGCAACAACACCACCUAGGAUUGCACCAUCAUCAUCUGCAUCAUCACCAUCACCAUAAUAACAAUCACCCGGACGACGAUCAGGAUCUCAAGAGCGACAGCGGCGAUAGCGACGAUAGUGGACCCCUGGAUAGCUCCAGCGUGUGCAGUAACGGCGGCAAGGACGAAGAUGGCAAUAGUAUAAAGAACGGCCUGGGACUCAGCGGAACGUCCGGGCUGAGUAAAAAGCAGCGCAAAGCACGAACGGCCUUCACCGACCACCAGCUGCAGACGCUGGAGAAGAGCUUCGAGCGGCAGAAAUACCUAAGCGUGCAGGACCGGAUGGAGCUGGCCAACAAGCUGGGGCUGAGUGAUACUCAGGUGAAGACGUGGUACCAGAAUCGAAGAACCAAAUGGAAGCGCCAAACUGCGGUGGGACUGGAACUGCUAGCGGAAGCUGGAAAUUACGCAGCCUUCCAGCGGCUGUACGGUGGGCCACCCUAUCUCGGCGGUUGGCCCUAUCCAACCCAGGCCGGACCGCCCGGAGCUCCUCAGAGUGCGGUGGAUGCCUACUAUCGACACGCGGCUGCAGCAGCCGCUCUCCAGAAACCACUUCCGUACCGAAUCUAUCCCGGUGUACCCGGUCUCGGGACGCUGAAUACCAUCCCGGGUCCAAGCGCACCAUUCCCGCAUCUUUCCGCGUCGACGUCACUAACUACGCUCAGCAGCUACUACCAGGCUAGCAGUCAACAGGUGGCGGCAGCGGCGGCUGCAGCCGCUAACAGUGCAGUUCAUCCCGGAAGUAACUGUAGUCCUGGUGCUACCGGAAGCAACGGAAGUGCAAACAAUAGCGGUAGCAAUCAGAAUAACAGCAACAACAACAACAACCACGGAAGCACCAGUAGUCUUAGUAGUCAACCACGGCGAUCACCCAGUCCAACGCUCAACCCCGGAAGUCCACCGGGUCGAUCCGAGAGCAAUCCUCCCAGCGACGAAGACGAUGAGAACAUACAGGUUUGAGCUCGGGUCGUACCGCCGAACCCGCUGAAGAGUGUGUGUGUGAUUGAAGCCGCCGUGAAAGCUGAACACUCAUAUACGUAUAAAAAUAAGAAAGAAAAUAGUGAUUAUUAUUUUUAAUAGCAUUUAUUUAGAGCAGAUAUUAUUUUAUAAAAGGAAAAAAUUAGUGAAAACUAAAGCCGAAAGCGAACCGAGUGGAGCAGAUAAAGUGACGGCGGGUCUUUUUGUGUGACUUUUGGCACUUUCGGAUGCCGCGCAACGAAAUGUCGAACCGUGUGGGGCAUCACCAAACAAAGACAGUGAAACAGAAAGUAAACGAAUCGGAAAAAAACCAAGCACAAGGGUUCACAGACAGUGCACCCCAGGGCCACCGUUUAUAACUGUUUUGUUUUAUUCAAUUAAUUAGCGGUCAACCGGCGGCUGCAGAAAAAUUAACGCUUCGUUGAAUACAUACCUACCAUACUGGAGGUUUUGUGUGAACAGCAACCGUCCUAACGACGUCGGGUGAUGCACUUUUGUGUUUGUGAUCAUAUUUGCCAAAAAUCAGCUACCGCACCUUUUCACGUUGAUGUCAAUUUGGCGUAGCUUGCUGUGAUGCGAUCAUCAUUACCAUUAACCAGUUGUCAUACUGGGAAGCCCAGCGGUUUUGUUCGAGUAUGGUUGAAAUAUUUAUCAUAAAAAAAUCCGGUAGGAAGGAUUGCUCCAUUCGGUACCCUCGCGAGCUCUGUGUACAUACAGGUUAGAAAUACAGAAGCGGGCAAAAUCUAAACUUUCACAUCAGUAGCAGUGUGAGAACGAAAAACAGCUCAAAAAUGCCCCAGAACGAAAUUAGAGGAAGGAAAAUGACGACGAAAAAUUAAACUUUACAAUAAACGGGAAAACGAAUGUGGUUAAUUAUGUUUUGUUGUAUAGAUAAUGGCAGUAAAAAAAUCACCAGGUAGACGUUCGAACCCGGACCAGUGAGACGACGCGACUAAAUUUAUUGACUAUAAUCUUAAUUUAUGAUAAUAGUAUUUGGAAAUAAUUAUUUAAUUAUUUUAUAAGUGUAAAAUGUUGUAAACUUUUGCUCCCCCUCCCUCUGUGCAGCAGAGCGAAUUUUCGCUCAAUCCUGUAAAGGAACAGGAAAGAAUAGACAAAAAAAGUGAUGAAAGGUGACCGCGUAUAACUUGUUUUUCACCUUCUUAGAGUUUAUGAUUUCUCCAGCUGCUUUCUACACUGUUUACUGCUUGGACUGAAUGACAAUAGCAAUUGCUCAACCGCAACCGAAAACAAAAACCUUGACCGUACCCUUUACAUUGUAACAAUAGAAAAACAACAACAACAACAACAGGAAGGUACAUCUAGUGAGUAACCGAUUUGCCAAAAUUAAGCUAAAGGAAGAAAGUUUGGACUUGCAAGGUGAAGCAGUAUUAAAACUCAGAAAGCUCCGAUUCGUAGUUUUUAAAAACAAGAUUCCUCCAUUUUUUUUUAAGUUUUACAAUUGCUUUUAACACAACACAAAAUGCAGCAAAAAUAGGAACAAAAUUUCACACCAGAUCCGAUUUGAGGGCCAAUAAAGAGACAAUGCUAAAGAUUAUAGUUUGUAGUUCCGUUUCCGUUUCGCAUGAGGAUGGAUGCUUGCGAUAGUUAGUUAUUGGAAAUUGUACAUAUUUGCUAAUGCAUAUAAUAUCGGUAUAUUUAAUAAGUGGAAGCUUUCCAUGCUGAACUUUGAAAGAGUACACCGAACCAGAGGGAAAAUGUGAUUGAAAGGUUAUACAGUUAAUAUCACAACCAAACACAAAAAACAGAGAACUCCGCAUUGGAAUGCAGCUAAAAUGUAAAGAUCGUACACCUAACUGGGAAAUAUUGCGAGAAAUAAACAUAAAAUUUUAUUAAAAAUUA